UGAGGCUCCGGUGGGUGGGUGGGUUCAGACUAAGGGGACUGCGGGUCAGCAUUGGGCUCAGUGGGCUCGAACGAAGGACUCUCGGGCAGGGACUCAGCGCGGCGCCUCCUGCCGGGUAGCAGGGCGGCCGGUCGCGGCUUCCCGGCCAGCCAGUGCCCUCCCCGCGCGGUCCCAGUCUGCUUCUCCUCGGAUCCCCGCGGCCAGCGCCGCGGUGCGGGCCCCGCGUAGAGGCACCUGCUGCUGAGGGACCCCGCGGCCCGCCCAGGUGCUCGUGAUGGGGCUGAUCUUCACCAAACCGUGGAGCCUCUUCUGUAACCAAGAACACAAAGUAAUCAUAGUGGGACUGGAUAACGCAGGGAAGACCACCAUUCUUUAUCAAUUCUUAAUGAACAAAGUGGUUCAUACAUCUCCAACCACAGGAAGCAAUGUUGAAGAAACAGUCGUGAAGAACACUCAUUUUCUCACGUGGGAUAUUGGUGGUCAGGAGUCCCUGCGGUCAUCGUGGAACACAUAUUACACAAACACCGAGUUCAUCAUUCCUGUGGUCAAUAGCAUUGACGGAGAACAACUAGCUAUUACAAAAGAAGAAUUAUACAGAAUGUUGGCUCAUAAGUCAACAGGGUCAAGCCACCUGAGAGAAAGUUCCCACUUUCAACAUAAUCUUUUCAAGAUCUUCCUACUGACCCACUCUUGCAGCUCCGCCCACUGGGUGAAGUCCCGCCUCUUCCUCCCGGGUCUCAGCCUCCCCGAGAGAAGAGCUUCUCUUCUUCGCCGUUCUCCAACGCCUAGAAAAAGUUUCACCUUUCUUUACGGGAGGGGAGUUCCUCGGGGGAGAUGGCCGCGCUGGUUGCCCGUAAGAAGCGGUAUGAACGUACGCGGCCAUCUUACCUCACUGCUUGCGCUGCUGGAGACAAAGCUCAACUGCCGGGUCAGGGAGCUGCUCUGUUGGUCACAGGAGGUAUGGGCUUCUGAGAUGCUAAAAGCAGCAGUGACAUCUGUGUUUAGGGACUCAGGAACACUUGCUUCUCCCUGUUCUAAAUGGCCCAAUCGCCUAACAAAGGCCGAAUCAUCCGCUGCACGGCACAGGCGUAAUCAUGGCCGCCCCCAGCAAGCGGCUGACAAGAGGGCGCGGCCAUCGUACCUGCCAUUAACGCUCCGGAACCCAGAAUCCCGUUCUCUGGGAGGUUGCCAGGCGGCGGCAGCCAGCCUCCAAGUCGCGACUGAGUCUGCGCACGGUCACUCGGGAUGGGAAGAGAGAAGAGCUUGUACUGUGGUGAGGCGGCGGGGUGCGACAACCCAUUUCAGGCUCUUUCUGGAAAAUGUAAUGACAUAUCCAUCUGUGACAGCAUCCCAAGUGUGAGCCUGGUUUCUAGAAAUCUGUUCUGACUUCAUGGCAGCUAGGAUGGAUGUUCCUUUGCCUGUGGUCAGGAAACAAAAAGCUUACUGAGUGUCCUGAGUGUACACCUUUGGGUCCCACCACCUUGUUGGACAGCAGGGCUCUCCUUGGGGCCGCAGGACCUCAGUCACACCUGCAGAAGCCUCUGUCAGUGGCUGCAGCUGAGGGUGAGUUCCCUUUGAGAGAUGGAGCUUGAGGGCCUAAUGGGCCAGGUAAAAGGCCCUCUGGUCCAGGAGAGGGGAUCUUCUUCUGAAGGAGUCACCCAGGGUCCAAAUCUCUUGCCAGAGCAAAGACUCUCAGUAACAGGCUUUUAGUAUUGAGGGACACUGACGGCCUUUUACAUUUACGUGACAGUUGGAAUAAGUCAUUUUUAAGUUCCCACGCUUACCUGACACAUGAAAGUAUAUAAUUCAAGGCUGUUAUUCCAGUUGUGGCCAGUUUUUCUCGAUCUCUUCUAGUUAAUUUUCCUUGAUCUGUGAUCAGCUGUGAGACUUUGGCAGUCACUAAGUUUGGAGGGAUUAAUCAUCAUUAUGUAAAGAAACCUUAGGAGAGUAAUUGGCUAGACCUGUUUUUCCAGGAGAGGACACCAGGAUAGUCAAACAUUAUGAAUGUCACUGUAUUCAAGAAAAGCUCUUCUCUGUCCCAUGGGAAGAUUACAAUCUCCUCUUUUUGCAGAGGAGAGGUAUGAGUUGCUCUGUUUUAAAAGUUGUGCUCCUAGACUAUUUCUCAGUGGGCAAAGCCUGGAUCUGGUGGGAAUCAGCUGUGAGGCUGUCACUGUUUGAGUUGCCAGUCAUCAGGGCCACAGCUCAAGAAUGCCAAUCAGGAAACAAACUCUUGUUGCCCGCGCAGUGGUGGGAUGGUUUUCCUGCCCUCAAAGGUGUGAGUCAGUUCUGGUGGAUGUAGGAGUUAUUUUGUCUAUGUCUUGCCGUUUGCUUUUUGCCUUUCUUUUCCUUGUCUCUUUUACUGAGGUAUAAAAGACAUAGAGCAAAACAUACAAAUAAUAAAUAUGCAACAUGAUGGAUUUUUAAAUACAUACACACAUUCAUGUAACUAUCAUUUAGAGCAACGUUUCCACCACCUUAGAGCUGGGGUUGACAUAUAAUUGCCCAUGAGGCAAAUCUGGCCUGCCAUCUCUGUUUGUAAUUAAAGUUUUAUUGGAACACAGCUGUACUCAUUCACUGCUGUAUCAUUAUCAGUGGCUGCUUUCAUGCUGGAACAGCAGAAUUGAAUAGUUGUGGCAAACUCCAUAGGACCCACAAAGCCAAAAAUAUUUACUGUCUGGUCUUUCAAAUAAAAAGUUGGCUGACCCCCUACGCUAGCAGGCUCCAUCCUACCCCAUCUCAGUAAUAUCCAUCCCCUUCCCACGUUCUGACUCUCUCACCAUAAUUUUACCUGUUCUGGAACUCCCUAGAAAUGGAAUUAUCCAGUAUAUUCUUCCUAAGUUUGACUUCUUUCAUUGGACAUAAUAUCUGUGAGAUCCACAUGGAUUGCAUGGAUAUCAGCAGUUCAUUCCUUUUUAUUGUUGAAUAGUAUUCCAUUAUAUGGACACGCCACAAUUAUCUAGUUCUCCUGGGCAGUUUCCGGUUGUGACUUACUAUGAUCAAAGCUGCCAUGAACAUUCUUAUUCAAGUCUUCAUUGCACACUAUGCAUUUAUUUCUCCAGUAUAUUCCCAGGGGUGGGACUGCUGGGUCAUGGGGAUUCUACAUUCAGCUUUGGCAGAUAUGGCCAAACAGUUUUCCAAAAUGAUUGAACCAAAUUGCAGUCCCACCAGCCACAAGUCAGACCUCUUGUUGCUCCUGGAUGUGGAUUUUCAAUGCCAGGCUGUAGCUUACUAGCACAGUAUAUUCAGACCUAUUUAUAAGGUUUCUCACUACUGUGAGUGAAAAGCUUGAAUGUUCUUUAUUAAUGUUUUGUAUGAAUUUAGUUCCGUAUUUCCUAAUAUGUGUAUUUUUUGGAAAUAGGGAACCUCCAAGUUAUAGUAGUCUUAUCUAGUUAUAGUACCAGUUAUUUUAAAAGGAAAAUUUUAAUAUUGUGAUUUUUGAUUAUCACUACAUAUUUAUAGUUUUUAUAGACUAAAGCUUUGUGAACAUAUGCAUUCAUACGGAACUACGAGGCCAUAUUCGUGUGUUUAACUUGGGUAGAUAUGGCCAGUUUUCUCCAGCGCUACUGCUUGCAAGGUUGGAGCCCCUUGAGGCUGACCUCUACUCACCCCCUUGCCUGGACCUAUCCCCUGAGGAAGGGUCCUUGCUUUCUGACACUCAAGAUUGUAAAGGUGCACCUUGUAUUCUUUGUUCCAGAUGAUGGACUCAGACAUUUUCCAAGGAGCUCUAGUUCUUUCUGGUGAGAAUGAGUGGUAGCGAUCAGAAUCUGGGUGCUGGCAGGCUUUUCCAGUCAGGAUGACACCGUGCCCGGUUACUUCAGUGAGAAUCGCCACAAAAGAUAUAAUUUUUAAAAACCAAGAGUUAUUCCACUGGUAAUUUUAAUAUAGUUCUAACAUUAAACGUUCAAGUACAUCAAAGUAUUUAUUUAUACUCUUAACCUAUGACUUGCCCUUUUAAAAACAAUUUAAGCCAUUACAGUUAUUUCUUUAAUUAAACAUCUUGAGUUGUUUGUUGUCAGCGGCUGAACAUUAUUUUUUAAUGACAACACUGAAUAAUCUGCUGGGUGAAGGGACAGAAUGGGAUUUCAAAAUUUGUAGAUACUGACAGGCAUAUGUAGAAUAGAUAAACAAGAUUAUACUGUAUAGCACAGGGAAAUAUAUACAAGAUCUUGUGGUAGCUCAGAGCAAAAAAAAAAACAAAACAAUGUGACAAUGAAUAUAUGUAUGUUCAUGUAUAACUGAAAAA